AUGGAAGAGAAUUGUGAGGAUUGCAUGAAAUGGGAAGAACAACUUUACUGGACUCAUUUCCAAAAUCUACAUUUCUCUCAGCUUCUCCUUCCUGGUUUCCACAAUCGUCUCCCCAUACCUCAAAAGUUUUCAACACACUGCAAAAGGAAACUACCAAAGAUUGUGAAACUCAAAAGUCCAAGUGGCGUUACAUACAAUGUGGGGUUAGAGGAAGAUGAUGAAAAGACACUAGCUUUUUGUUGUGGGUGGGAAAAGUUUGUGAAAGAUCAUUCCCUAGUAGAGAAUGAUCUAUUAGUCUUCAAGUUCCAUGGAUUGUCUGAGUUUGAAGUUCUGAUUUUCGAUGGAGAUACCUUUUGUGAGAAACCCACUUGUUAUUUCGUCAAGAGAUGUGGACAUGCAGAGAAGACCAAAGGUAUAGAUUUUACUGCAACCUCUUCAAGGUCUCUUAAGAGAGACAUUAACCUUGAUGAUGUUGAAACUGCACUGAACCAGCAACCUGUAAUAUCUCCAGAUGGUAAUGAGCUUGAAGACCUCAUUGACAUUGAUACUGAUGUUGAUACAAUGCUAACUCCCAAUGUUGUAGUAUCUCAGACCGGUUAUGAGCAAGAAGAACAUAUUAACUCUGACAUUGAUACAACAUCUGGCCAAAAACAUGUAAUAUCUUCAACUAGUACCAGGCGAAUCAGUGAAGGGAAGUAUCCCCUUGGCGUUUUUAAGAAGAUGCGAGGAGAAAUAAGUUUUAACAAUCUCCAUCGUAAAGUUGGUAGUAGCAGAAAGAGUACAAGUGAAAUUUCCAAAACGAAAGCCUUAUCUCUGGCUAAAAGGGCCAUUUCGUCGAAUGGUCUCUUGGUGGUCAUGAAACGCUCUCAUGUGCUAUCGAAGUGUUUCCUGACAAUCCCAAAGAAAUGGAGCGGGAAGAACAUGUCUCUUGAACCUCAGGAAGUGGUGAUGCAAAUAGAUCAAACAAAAUGGCAGUUAAAGUUUAACUUUUACGCUCGUGGUCGUGGUGGGAUUACAACUGGGUGGAAGAAGUUUGUACAAGACAACAACUUGUGCAUGGGUGAUGUUUGUGUGUUUGAGCCAGCCAACUCCGAGACUAAACCACUUCAUCUUGAUGUCUAUAUAUUUCGUGCUGCAGAAGCGGAAAGUAGCAACAAUAUGGUUGACUCAGUUUACACCAUAAGUGAAUAA